AUCCGUGCGCAGGCGCCCGUCCUAGUCGCUCUUAAAGUCCCGUAAACAGAAGGGCCUGCUGGUGACAACUUCUGCUUCCGGGUCACUCCUUGACAGCCGUUCUCACGACCCAGCUCAACCCCGCGGUUCGGCAGUUUGGAGCAUGUGAACAUACCCUGAGCCUUGAUGAGUUCCAGUAUGUGGUAUAUUAUGCAGAGCAUUCAGAGCAAAUACUCUCUCUCAGAGCGCUUAAUCCGAACAAUUGCUGCCAUUCGUUCCUUCCCACAUGAUAAUGUAGAGGACCUCAUCAGAGGGGGAGCAGAUGUGAACUGCACCCAUGGCACACUGAAGCCCUUGCACUGCGCCUGCAUGGUGUCCGAUGCCGAUUGUGUGGAGUUACUCCUGGAAAAGGGAGCUGAGGUGAAUGCCCUCGAUGGUUACAACCGAACAGCCCUCCACUAUGCAGCUGAGAAGGAUGAAGCUUGCGUGGAGGUCCUAUUGGAGUAUGGUGCAAACCCCAAUGCCCUGGAUGGCAACCGAGACACCCCACUGCACUGGGCAGCCUUUAAGAACAAUGCUGAAUGUGUGCGGGCCCUCCUAGAGAGCGGGGCCUCUGUCAAUGCCCUGGAUUACAACAAUGACACCCCACUCAGCUGGGCUGCCAUGAAAGGAAAUCUUGAGAGCGUCAGCAUCCUUCUUGACUAUGGUGCGGAGGUCAGAGUCAUCAACCUAAAAGGCCAGACACCCAUCUCCCGCCUGGUGGCUCUGCUAGUCAGGGGACUUGGAACUGAGAAAGAGGACUCUUGCUUUGAGCUCCUCCACAGGGCUGUUGGACACUUUGAAUUGAGGAAAAAUGGCACCAUGCCACGAGAAGUGGCCAGAGACCAGCAGCUAUGUGAAAAACUGACUGUUCUGUGCUCAGCCCCAGGAACUCUGAAAACACUCUCUCGCUAUGCUGUGCGCCGUAGCCUGGGACUCCAGUAUCUGCCAGAUGCAGUGAAGGGCCUUCCCCUGCCAGCUUCUCUGAAGGAAUACCUGUUACUUAUAGAAUAGCCUGGAGAAGACGUUUGCACCAUCAAGCAGGCAACUCUGGGUGAGGUUUUCCUCGCACUUCUACUGUCCCUUUGUCUUGGGAAACAGGAAAAGCAGCUGUCCCUGUUGUGUGGUUUAUAUUUUGAGGCAACAUGUCACAACAGUAACCUCCACAUCACUUCCUCUCCCCAAGCCAAGCAACCAAACAACAACAAAAAUAAUCUCUCACUUUUGUUUUCUGUUUACUUCGCUUUUUAUAUUGCACCCUGUGAAGAAGAGGUCUCCCCCUCCUUCCCUUUAGGGAAAAAGUCAACAGUGCAACCUAAGCUCCUCUAGGAAGAUGAAAAGUGCAAGGUACUUAGAGAAUGUGUUCAGUUUUCCUUUGGGGACAUAUUAACGCUGCAAAUAAUCCUCUUGAAGCAUUUUAACAUAUCUGUGAAGGAGUUUAAGGAAAUUCCAGCUAACAUGUGGCCCAAAGAUGAACGUACUACACCUCAGAUAGUAUGCAGAUUGAGAACUGGGCUGGAUGGUAUCCCUAGAGUGCCACCUCAUGGGGCAUUCAGAAGGGACUGGCCCCUUCUCAUCAUCAAAAGAAAUAGCAGUCUUUGCCUCUUUUCCAUGGUUGUGCCCAAGGAUUACAAUAAUUCAGCAAUAUUAUUUCAGAAAGAUUGUCUUGCUGCUUUCCACGUAGUAGGAUAGCAGGUUCUAAGCAGUCCUAAGAACUUUCUUCUAAUACAGUUCUUUCUUUUCCUGAAAGCCAGUUUGCUCUAAUGGCUUAGCAGGCAUUUCCUGCACCAUAGAGGAAGGUGUUUGCUUUAGUAGGGGAGGAGCUGGGCUGCCUUCUCCCAGGGUUCUUUCUCAUUCUCUUUAUGAAGCUCACUCUGCUAAGGGCUUGGAGUUAUUUUUCUUUCAGUUUUGGAAAAUUUGCUCUUUACUGAUCUAUACAAGAUAUUGGUGAAGGGCAUAGAGUUGGGGGCUGGAGGAAGAGCAUUAUAAGAGUUUCUUUUGAGAUGGCCCACCUACCCAAAAAAGAUCUGUUUUGAUCUGUGAACAAUACUUAGUCAAAAACACUCCUUUUCAUGUCCCUAAACUAGAUCAAGUUAUCAUUGAUCUUAGAUGACCUGUAUGCAAAUUUGAAAAAUUUUUUUAAAAAAACAAUUGGGAACUACAAAUAAAAAUGAACAAUCUGCUAAUACAGCUAAUUUGAAAAAGUGUAUCUGCUUUUGCUGUUGGUGGUUUUUUUUUUUUGCUUACUUAAAAAAUAAACAGUUAUAAAAGCAA